AUUGAACCCUUCUUCCACUCCACAUCCUUAAACCCUCAUCUUCAAUCAACCACUUUCUUAUUGCCACGUGUUAUUUCAAAUAUCCAAUUUUCAGUAGAUCACCUCCAUGCAAACUUCAAUCUUCUCUGUCCAUCACAUAUACCAAACAUAACCUCAUCGACAAAAUCCCACCAUUUCUUUUUCUUUCUUCAAACAAUAAUAACAAUACAAAAUUUACACUCCCUAUCAAGAGUAAUAAUAAUAUCAAAUAAUUGUUCCACCAAUCAUUUAAAGAUUGAACUUUAUUAUUGGAUUUUGAAAACAACAUUUUCUUCCUUUUUGCUUUUCCUAAUCCAAAUUUAUGGUCCAAAUUAAUCUUAUUCCCAUUUGAAAAAAAUACCCAUUUAAUACACAACUUCUACAACCUAAAUAACCAAAAAUCUCAAACACCCACUUAUCAAAUCUUCCACAUUCCUUCAUCUUUCUCCUCUCCUACACUAAGAACAAGUAAAAAGGAGGAGAAAAAAUGGCAGUGUGCACAGUAUACACAGUUCCAACAACAACCCAUUUAGGAUUCACCCAAAAAAAGCAAGUAUUUUUCUACAAUAACAUAACCAAAACACCCAAUUACAAAAGAUCAUCAUCACCCAAUACUUAUGUGAUAACAUGCACAGCAGGUGACUCACAGACAGUAGUGAUUGGUCUAGCAGCAGAUUCAGGGUGUGGAAAGAGUACUUUCAUGAGAAGAUUAACAAGUGUAUUUGGGGGUGCAGCAGAACCACCAAAGGGAGGAAACCCAGAUUCAAACACUUUGAUUAGUGAUACGACAACUGUUAUAUGUCUGGAUGAUUUUCAUUCACUUGAUAGAACAGGAAGGAAAGAAAAGGGUGUUACUGCUUUAGACCCAAAAGCUAAUGAUUUUGAUCUUAUGUAUCAACAAGUUAAGGAUUUGAAAGAAGGGAAAGCUGUGGAUAAACCUAUUUAUAAUCAUGUUAGUGGGUUGUUGGACCCUCCUGAGCUUAUUCAACCUCCUAAGAUCUUGGUUAUUGAAGGCUUACACCCUAUGUAUGACCCACGUGUAAGAGAAUUGUUGGACUUCAGUAUUUACUUGGAUAUCAGCAAUGAAGUCAAAUUUACCUGGAAAAUUCAGAGAGACAUGAAGGAAAGAGGACACAGUCUAGAAAGCAUCCAAGCUAGCAUUGAAGCCAGAAAGCCAGAUUUUGAUGCUUACAUUGAUACACAAAAACAGUAUGCUGAUGUUGUGAUAGAAGUAUUGCCAACCCAACUAAUUCCUGAUGAUGAUGAAGGCAAAGUCUUGAGAGUUAGGAUGAUACAAAAGGAAGGAGUAAAGUUCUUCAACCCAGUUUACUUGUUUGAUGAAGGAUCCACCAUUGAAUGGAUUCCUUGUGGUAGGAAAUUGACAUGCUCUUACCCUGGCAUCAAGUUUUCCUAUGGCCCAGACACCUACUUUGGCAAUGAGGUGACUGUGGUUGAGAUGGACGGAGUGUUUGACAGACUAGACGAACUGAUCUACGUCGAGAGCCAUUUGAGCAACUUAUCAACCAAAUUCUAUGGUGAAGUCACACAACAAAUGUUAAAGCACCAAGAGUUUCCGGGAAGCAACAAUGGAACCGGUUUCUUCCAAACCAUCAUCGGAUUGAAGAUCAGAGACUUGUUCGAGCAGAUCGUUGCUAGCAGAUCUGCGACCCCUGCAGCAGCUGCUAAGGCGUAAUCUCACAUCAACACAUGAUCAAUGUUCAAUAUGCUUGUCUGAAACUCAAAAUUUUCCUCCUCUUCAUUUGUAAUUUCCACUACCUACCAAGGGGGUCUUUGAGGGUGUGCGAGAUAAUCGAUCGCACAGAGCUCUACUUUCUCCCGUAUAAAAAAAAGUUGAUAAAAAAAAUAUAUGUUAAGUUUAUUAAUAAAAUAAAUAUAUUUACUACAAAUAA